AUGUCGUUCCAAUUCAAUGGAGAUUUGGGCCAUGACGGCUUUCUGGUGACCUUGAACUACUUCGCAGGGUUGCCAGACCCGUCUGUGCUCUCGGACGCCAACCUUGUCAUUCUUUUCAAGUCUUUGCUCAAGAAAGACUCCAUCACCAAAGAGAAGUCGCUCAAUGAACUCAUCGAAGUGUUCGAUUCCGCCCAGGCGCCAGUGGCGUUGAAAGACGACCUCACCAUCAUCUCGUGGGUCCAAGUCUACGCCAAGUUGGCCACUGACAACUCGAGAACAGUCCGAAUCUUGGCCCAUCAGACCCAGGCCAAGUUUCUCCAGUUGGUGGGAGGCAAGUCCUUCAGCAAAUACCUCAAGAGCUCCAUUCCCAUCUGGCUUUUCGGGUUGUUUGAUAACGACCGUUUGGUCGCCACUGCAAGCUACAAGUCGUUGUUGCUGAGCUUUCAGAACGACAAAGACAAGAUCGACAAAUUGUGGAUCCUCUUCUACGAGCAGAUCGUGACCUUCAUAAUAACUGGCAUCGCCUUGGAAACAUCCGAGAGUUUGAGUGACAAGAGGUACACCAAGGAAUCAGACUCCAUUGGCAAGUAUGAGAGAGUGGUGGGUGGAUGCUUAAACAUGUUGAACAAAGUGAUCCAGAUCGAAUCGCCCAAAAAAGGGUUGACGGGUGAUAUCGAAACCUUACUCUUCAUGGAUAAUAUCUGGGAUUACUUGUCCACCUCCUUGAACAGCGAUACUUUGAACUUGGCGUUGUUCAAGUCAAUUCUUGCCUUGUUGAAAGGAUUGUUCAAAGAACCAUCGCUCCUUGCACAGUUUAAAGACCCCAAGGGUCUUUUCAAGCUCGUCUCCAAAAAGUUCAUCAAAAAUGUUAAGUUGAAGUCCAAAUCGGGCCCAAACUCAAAUGUAAUAUAUUCAUCCAUUAUUCUUCAGUUGUGGGAUAUUUUGAUCGUACUUACGGAGUUCGGUGCUCUGUCUAACGCAAAAGAAUUGAAAAUCAAGAAGUCAUUUUGGCAAUUGGGCGGGUCCAAGAGCUUUUCCAGAUUAAUAGAGUACCUCAAGAUGGGCCCCUGCAACCUGGAUCCAGCUUACUAUUCUAUCGUUGGCCAUUUCUUUGAAGUUCUUGCCAAGAAUCAUUCACACAUUGAAGACGACGAAUUUUUGGACUUCAACAAUGUUGAUGAUCUUGAGAUAAUCAUAAAGACUUUGUGCAAACAGUUCCAGUCGGCAUUGGCCAUAGAUUACAGGAUCAAGUCGUUUGAAUGCUUGGCCCGGGUUUUCAAAAUAUUUGAAGAGACAACUAAUGAUCUCCAGAGCUUGAAGCCUUUGGCUAAAUUAAUCAUAAUAACCGCGUUUGAAACGUUGGCAAAAUCGAAGCCAAUCGCUUCUCAAGCUAGCAAAUACCUGGCCAUGAACUCCAGUAUAGCAUUAUUCUUGGAAGGCUUAUUAAACUCAUAUUCCGAUAUACUUGAUGACUUCAACUCUUCUUUGAUAAAGCAUAUUGAAACCGGGACUUCGGACUAUCCUCCUUUGACAUACCAAAACUAUUUCAAGGUAUUGGCAACAUGCAACAACCAGGAGACCUUCGGUAAGCUAAGUAGCCAGGUUAUUGACUUGAUUGUGGAAGAUGACUCAAUCAAAUGUCCAGAAAUUGGUUUCCAGUUGGUUUCCAUUGGAUUGAAGGAAUCUCGGUCAGUUCCAAAGGAUAAAGUGGUGGAAUUGAUAGAAAUGCUUCCCAUGUUUGUCGAGGCAGACUUUGUUCAACCACCAAUAGACUUAUUAUCUGACUUUUUGGGAACAGGCACCGUUCCCAAUAACGAAAUCAUCAAUGAUUUUUACUUGAAAUUAUCCAUGGUGGACCAGUCUUCUGUCCCUAAGUUCAUAUUAUUGAUCAGCCAACACAUUCAUCUUAACCAAACCUCAUUUCCUGAAAUAGAGGAUUAUGUUUCUAAACUUUCGGAAAAAUCAAGUUUGAGUCAAGAUGAAAACAAAAUCGUUUAUCAGCAUAUAGAUGACCCUAUCAUCUUCGCCAACAUAAUCAAGUCAUGCUCAAGUGUUGAAAAAGCUAACGAGUUCAUCACCAAUUAUUCUCGCUUAGAAAAUAAGGUCUCACUUUCAGAAUACAAGGAUGACGAGUCUUUGAAACUGAUAAUUCAAAAUGGGUGGAAGUCAAUCGAACGUCCUGAAGUCCAAAGCUUUUUUGAUUCCAUUGAAUCGGAUAUUAUUGAAGAAAGUUUAUUCAAGUUCAUUGUCAAUGCAUCUUUCUCGAUGGAUUUCAACCCAAUUGCUAACUACUUGAAAAGCUCCAAAAUUGGAAUCCUGAGAUUCAACGAGUUGCUCCAACAGUCCUUGCAGACCCUUGAUAUCAAUUCAUUGGCAGUGUCGAACCCAUUACAACAAAACAUUGCUUUAGUCACUAUGCCAACUACUUCAAGCUCAGAACUAGAUGGAUCAAUUCUUGUGAUUGGAAAGUUUGUUCUUGAAUUGGUGAGAAUUAGUAAGGACAGAGACCUUGUCCUCCUAGGCUUGUUCAUUUCUGAAUAUAUCAAUGACUAUUUGUUCUUGAAGUCGAAGGCUGAGAUAAAAAAUGAUGAAGAAAUCCUUAAUCUCAAAACAGAGAUUAUCGGUGCUCUUCAUUACGUAUUUGAGCAAACCCAAUUGGAAGAUGUGCUCUCCAUCAAUUCCAGUGACUCUAUUAUCGAGUGGUUAAGUGAGGACAUGAAAUCCGGUCAAUUUAAUAAGUUCUACUCAGCAAGAGUUUACAAGCAUAUUGUUGACCGUGUCUUUGAAAACUUAACAUUCCAAGCUUUCGAAGACUCAAGUAUUAACUUCAACCAAAUGGUGAACUCCAACCCUCUUCAGUUGGCCGUAUUCCUUCAGUGUGGCUCCAAGUUUUUCAACACCAAAUCAUCCAAGUUCGAUAGAAUCCGGAACUAUGUUGCGGCAGAAAUUCUAGGUGUCAGAAGAACCGAUCAGAUCUUGAAGGAAGGAACCAAAUGGGUCAGUUUGUUAAUAAACUUUUUCAAUGCAGAGGAACCCUACGAAGUUGUUCCUCCUCAUAGGCUUGCAAUGAUUAUUAAUCAGAUCUCCCAAUGGUUGGAUUCUGACAUUGCCUACGACGAAGAGUUCAUUUCUAUGAGGGUGCAACUUGCUCAGCUUUUUACUGGAUUGAUCAAUAAUGUGCCUGAAUUGCUGGACAAGUUUUGGGAAAUGAGUCUCAGACUUGUUAAUGACAACUUGAGUAUAUGUGAAUCUGAGUUGGGAAGAUUGGACUUGAGGUACUUUACUUUGAAGUUAAUUCUUUUGGUCAAUAAGAAAGAAGUAGAAGGUAUUGAUGAGGUAAAGGAAGAACUCUUGGAACUUGUAUUGAACAAAGAUAUGAUUGAGAAAGAUAUCAAGAUCAACAACCAACCAAUUGACUUGGUCCAUUCUUUGAUUCAAAGAUUAUUUAAUCAAGUUGAGAUUCCUGCUAGGAUCGCAAAUGAGAAAAUCAAUCAACUAUAUGAGUUGCUUGCAACUUGUGAUUUCAUCCCCUUGCAGCGUAUCGUCGUAUCCAUUUUACAGAAACUUAUCCUAGUCAACCAGCAAGAUUUUGUUGUGGAAUAUCAAUUGAGUAAGUCAAAAUUGAGUGAGGAUGAAGAAAACUCAUACUUAGCAGUUUUGAACGAGACCUUAAUCAAGAACAUCAAUGUUUAUGUUGGGGAUAUUGACUCCUCCAGUCCUGUUGUCUCCAGAUACCUCUGGAGCUGGGUAUUGAUAUUUGCUCAUUUUGAAGACAUUACUUUCUCCAUGAAAGCCGAAUACAUUAACCAACUCAAGGAACUUGGGGUUUUUGAAAGAUUAUUUGAUUACAUUUUUGACCAGGUUGAUGUGAGUGACAAUAAGUUGAUGGCCAGCUUAAGCAUUGAAACUUCCUUGCAAUCAUAUGAUCCAAAGAGCCCUGCUGGUGAUUCGCUUCACGAUGAAUACCAAGUGCUCUUGCUCCACCUUUACUUCCUUUCGUUCAGAUUCUUGGGCUCCCAGAUCCAAACCUGGUAUAAUCAUAUUCGUGAUCGUCAAUUGAAACAAAAGAUCGAGAAGUUUUCUUCUGCUUCAGUUUCUCCAAUUUUGAUCACCAAAAUCUUAGACGAGGUGUCAAAUGCUAAAGCAUCCAUCGAAAGUAAGGACGAAAACCUUACUAUAAAAGUGAACAAAGUUAUCAACGAAAUCAAAUCUGUUUAUCUUAUUGAUGAGUUCACGAUGGAAAUGGUCAUCAAGAUUCCAUCAAUUUAUCCACUUGAGAAUGUCAAUGUCAGUGGUCCUUUGCGCUUAGGAGUAAAGGAAAAUCAAUGGAAGGCUUGGUUAUUAGCAUCACAAAGGGUUAUUUCAUUGACCAAUGGCUCAAUCAUGGAGGCGGUAGAAUUAUUCAACAAGAACGUCAAUCUCCAUUUCUCUGGAUUUGAGGAAUGUGCCAUUUGUUAUUCCAUCUUGCACCAAGAUUUGUCUCUUCCUUCAAAGACUUGUACCACAUGUAACAACAAGUUCCAUGCUGCUUGUCUCUACAAGUGGUUCAAGAGUUCUGGUAGUAGUACCUGUCCAUUGUGUCGGUCUCCAUUCAACUUCAAGAAGUAA